CACGGCACGUGUGGCAAUUUACCGUCAAUGGAUAUAUAAAUAUCCGCAAGCUUGGCGUGCCAGUACUUAAAAUGUCAGCUUAAAAGUAAUAUAAUUAAGAGUAAUAGAACGUAAAAAUGGAUGAUAAGCGCCUUCCUUGUACUGCGUGACUCGUACAUAACUGCUGAACAGUCCCGACAAGCAGGAUGUUUGUUUUGGUUGAGAUGGUCGAUACUGUGAGGAUUCCUCCAUGGAACUUCCAGAGGCAGCUCAAUGAGGCUGUCACUGAGGAACUCAAUAAAAAAUUGGCCAACAAGGUGGUUUACAAUGUUGGACUGUGCAUCUGUCUUUAUGACAUUGUGAAGUUGGAGGACUCCUACAUAUUCCCUGGUGACGGUGCCUCUCACACAAAAGUCCAUUUCAGGUAUGUGGUGUUCCACCCGUUCUUGGAUGAGAUACUUGUGGGCAAAAUUAAAUACUGCAGCCAGGAGGGGGUACACGUCAGUCUUGGAUUUUUCGACGACAUAGUCAUUCCACCAGAAUCGUUACAACAGCCUGCUAAAUUUGAUGAGGCAGAGCAGGUAUGGGUGUGGGAGUACGAGACAGAUGAGGGAGCCCACGACCUCUACAUGGACCAGGGCGAGGAGAUCCGCUUCCGGGUUUCGGAUGAGCUCUUCCUGGACACCUCGCCCACGGGGCCGAGCACAGCCUCAGAGACGCCAGCAGCACCGGGGGCACCGGAGCCUGAGCAGAAGAAAGAGGCUCCAUACACGCUCGUAGGCUCUAUAAGUGAACCAGGCUUGGGUCUUCUGUCGUGGUGGAACAACUAGUUGGAGGGUUGAUGCCUCACAAAAGGACAAAUUGCCAUCCCUAGCCACUGAAUGAACCUUCUGCCCUCUUCAGCAGCUUCUAGUAUGAAUCAACCAAAAUCUGCUGCUGUUGCCCUAAUGGUUGUUACACAGUUGAAGGUACAUGUACAUGUAUGUAACAUAUGGUCAUAUUAUAUUUUCUAAUGAAAGCAAAACACUGUGUCUUUAGACUGCAGACAGUUACUCUCAAUCCACUAUCAGACUCCAUCAUUUCCUCUUUGGAACAUACUUGUUGCCGAAACUCACUUGACUUUUGUCUGAAAAAUCUAUUUUUAUUGGAAAAUUUGAAGAGGGCCAAUAAGAAGCAAGUUUCAGAUUCAUUCCUGUCUUACGCAUUUUGAUCAUCUCGAGAAUGUUAACUGUAUGUCUCUUCCGCACACGUCAGUGAUGGAUUUAACAAGUUGUGUGGAUGAACUUUGUAUUUGCAUAAUGUGUCUCGAAUUUAAUAAAUAUUGAAAUGCUGGUUUCCGUGAAGCCUUUUCA